AUGGCUGGCAUUAUUUUCAAGGCCAAGACAGAGUUCGUCUCUCAGAGCAUGAAGCAGCUCGAGGAGUCUAGCAUCACGGUUGUCAGUGGCGGAACCGGACUCACGCGGCCCGACGAGGGCAAAUUUCUUCAGAUGGGAAAGGCUGCAGAAGCCCUGGCCCGAGAGCAAGAGGAGCUGGCAGACAAGCAGGUCGAGCGUCGCUUUCCUAAGCCUGAGAUCAAGUGUGCAGGCUGCGGAUCCAAGACACACGAGCUCCUCACGUGUCUCAAGGCGGCACCCAACGGCUUGAUGAAGGGUUGCCCAGAGUGCAACACCAUCCAGCACAAUGUUGAUGGUUGCCCCAAGUUGAAGAGGGAUCUCAACCUCAGAUUUUGGUUCCUGGUGCAGCGGCGUGGCCGAAUGCCAGCCUUUGCGACCGAGAACCCAGACUUCCACUGGGCUUCUGUUUACCGCCAGUGGAUGGCCGAGGAGGACUCCUUGGGAAGGCGACGAAGUAGAGAGCCCAUGUUUCCCUGGACCCCGGAGUUCACUCAGCAACUUAUCGAGGCCCAGAUUCAGCACUACCAGGAAAGGCUGGACAAGGACAGACCUACCCCGCCCGCCCGCCCCCCAGGACCUCAGGCGGAGCAGAUCCAGGAAGUCGGCACCCAGGUUCAGGCUGUUGUCAACAAUAACCCUGCAGCCCUGGUACCAGGUGCCGCCGCCGUCGCCGCAGUCGCACAGGGCCCGUUUACUGACGUCGACAUCGACGAUUUCAUUGCCGACAUCAUUGCCGACAACAUCGAAAACGAUGGUCCAGCUGUCGAGCCAGACUCCGCCGAGGACACCAAGGGCAGUGAGAUCACCGACACUGAGGAGGGGUCUGGCGAGGAGUCUGGGGGGGAGAAGUCAGAUGGUGAGAGCAACCAGGGUGAUGAUGAGAUUGACUGGACCCUGUAA